CCGUCAUUAAAACGAAGAAGAAGAACUCUGUACCUUUCUCACGCGUUGAGUUAACGUCGUUUAGCAUCGGUAGAGUAUGGCAGAGUUAAUCAAUGCUCUGUUUCUUUGACUUGUUUGAGCAAAAACAUUUCCAGGUUUAAUUAGGCAACAAAACAAGACAAAUGUAUCCAGGUGAUGGAGUUUGUUGCAGCUAGCAUAGCUUUAGCGUGUCUCUCGCAUGCCCGUGCUACAGUUUGUUUACUUUGAGGAUCAUCUAUAAUUGAGGAUAAAAUGGCUUUUUCUAACUUGUUCUCCAAACUGGCUUCUUUUGAUGAAGAUGUGAGGAGUCCUGAUCGAUCCGGCUGCACAUUUAGAAACAAAAGUGAGAAUCGUGGUGGUGCGAGAUGGAUGAAGAGGAAAACACAGGAUGAACAACACGGCUCCUACAGAAAGAAGAGCUGUUCUCAGUUCCAGAAAACCUCAGCGUCUCAUGCCUUCGGAGACAGUUACUCACCGGCCAAACGUCACCAGAAGCAGAGCACGGGGAACUAUUGUUCUGCUGGUCGAGCCAACGGCGUGAGAACUAAUCAAAGAUCUAAACCUGACCACAUCAACAAACAGAGCUGCAAUGGUCAGCAUUAUAAAUCCAAGAAAAAUAAUGGAAAGAUGACACAGAAGACCAAUAAAAACAAGCAGCGCUACAGAGACCGAAUAAUUACACAGGCUAAACCAAGAUUCAUGACUCAGGAGUUCAAGGACCAGAAUGCUUUGCUGGUGGACGGACGAUUAUUGUGUCGGCAUUUUCUUUUCGGGCGGUGCAUCAAGGAAGACACGUGCCAGCUGCUUCACGUUCAGGGUUGCAACGAUAUGAUUAAAGAAGCCUGCAAGUUUUACAUCCAAGGAUUCUGCCAGAAAGGAGACGCCUGUAUAUACAUGCACAAGUCGUUUCCUUGCAAGUUCUUCCACAGAAAAGGAAAAUGUUCACAAGAAGGAAACUGCCGCUUUUCCCACGACGCGCUUAACGACGUCACAGAAAAACUCUUGGAUGAGGCGUUAAAGCAAGAAAAAGAAUAUCAUGAAGUAAGAAAAAAGGAAAAAGAAGAGGAGACGGAAGCAAACCAGGACCCUGACGCUCUCACAGAACCGCUCAGGCCAACUUUUUACAACAGCACCGACACCGUGAAGGAAACUGACCCACUUCAGUUAGAAUUAUCUGUACCGGACUUAGCUGAACCUCGCAUCUCCCCAACAGACGACCCAAACCACCAGGAACCAGUUUGUUACUCAGUGGAAGCCAUGCUUGGACCUCAGCUGUCCAGAACUUUCUCUAGUUUCUCCAAAACUCCUGGAAGUCAAGAGUCUUCUGAUAAAACUGAGAACUCUUCACACCAAACGAAACAACUCGCUGAGAUUCUACAGAACUCCAAAAAGAAACAUUCUACAGAUGAACCUUCUGCAUCUAAAAUCACCCCGAAGAGUCGAAGAACGUCAAACCAAGUUGGACUUGUUGAAGCCCAGCGACCGUUCAUUAGGCGUUCUGCAGACCCGCUCACCGGCUGUGCGGCUCCGUCUGCUGGUUCUGAGAGUCUCCUUAAACCCGAGCGCUCUGCGGACGUGAGAGGAAGCUCCUCGGCCUUCCUCGGCCUCUUUGCGACGCCUCUCAGUGCUUCUGAUCCGAGGUCUCGGUCUCAAACGUCCCGCUCUGCUCACACAGCCUCUGGUUUAGAGUCCAUCUCAUCCGGGCUCAGAACUGAAGCCCGACAGACUCCUCUGAGGCAAACCUCGCUGACUCCCCUGAGUCUGAAAACUGACGACGCUGCAGCGAAGCAGACGGCGGCUCCAGGUUCCUGUCGGUCUGAGCCUCAGCCGCCGGACGUUUCAGCCCCCAGAGAAACAUCAAAUUCAGUCCUGAAGACCCUUUUUCUGCAUCUGAAGCCGUUCCAGGAGGACAGAGACCACCAGCUCUGCAGGCAGAGCUUCAUCCACCCAGCAGCUACGGUAGCUCUACUGGGACAUACGGAACCGAGCAGCAUCUACUCUGCAGACGGUCUUCUGUCAUCAGCAACAAGCGGCGAAAGCGAGACGAGGGGCGCCGAGGAACGACAGCUGAAGGAACGGAAACAAUGGAACGGAAGAAAGCAGAACGACCUGUCGACUGAGAAAACGUCUUUGCUCCGGACGGAUCUCCGCUCCCGGACUCGUCGGAGCGAGGGCCCAGGACGGUCGACGGUCAGCGUCCCGUUUGAAGCGGCGACUCGUCACCGCGGCCCGGGAGCGAAGCCCACCUCCGAGGAAGGAGCGGCGGUGAGCAGAAACGCAGCGGUAACGCCGCUCAAAGAUCUUUUUAAGACUUUAGGUGCUUUUUCUCCUCCGAUGUAA